AUGGACCACUUGUCAACUGUGCUGCAGCGCCCGCCUCAUUUUGAUGAGGACGGGAGCAAUGGAGAAGAUCGAGGCCCACGCGGGGGGUUGCGCGACAUCCUAAACCCCGUGAGCUCGACAACACAGGCACCCACAACACCGGGGGCGCCUGCGCCGCCUCGACCACAGUCGUCAUUCAGCUUGCGGUCCCCAACGCAACAAUCUGACCAUCACCAUCCGUCCGCCUACGCAGCCUCGCCGUCGAGUAAGGGCGGCCAGCCAUCAGGAUCCCGCUCAAUUCUGAACAAUCCGUUUGGGGCCAGCUCUGGCACUGCAUUGCCACCACCACCACCACUGCAAGCUCCACCAAACAUUGUAUCGGCGGCGGCAUCAGCAGCAGCAGGAACAUCGAGCCUGCAACAUCCGCCGCGGUCGCCGUUGCACGCCCCGUCGAUCUACUAUCCAUCAGACCCGCGAGAUCGCGAAUCAACACGCGACCGACCCGGCACUAGCAGCUUCUACGACCCGACUACCGAUUCAAAUCGCGAACGGGAACGCCGGGUUUCUGAGACGGGCUCCUGGCGUACCAGCGCCCAGGCCUCUCCGCCAAAGACUCGCGACCCUUACAAUUACUCGCGCUCUCCCGCGGAUUAUUACAAUCAUAAUAAUAACAACGGGGCCUACGCAUCGCCCACUACGGCGCCUUAUCGGCCGCGAAGCCCCAUCGCGCACCACCAUUCUCCCAGCGUGGGACCUACGAGUCCAUCUCGGCCACAGCUCGCCACAUCGCCUAGUCUAAGACACAUCACGAUGCCCAGUGCAACCACGAAUGGGGCAUCGUCCGUGCUGUCCACGCUGGCACGGAACGAAUCACCCGCGCCUUCAUCCAAGACACCGGUUGCGAGCACUCCGAGCCGUGCCGCGGGCGUCAUGUCAUUUUCCAAUAUCCUCUCCAACGCCGAGCCCUUGUCUAAACCUCGACCGACCUCGCCAAUCCCCGCCGAUGAUGCCUCCGUGCUCACGGACCGGGAGAGGCCUGAGAAGGGCGACAAGGAAAAGAGGCAAUAUCGCAAGAGCAUCAAGGUGUCUCGCAUCUCCGACAUCAAAGGCGCCGAGUCGACUCCCAAGAUUCCCCGACGACCCGCGCCGGCCAAAUCGGAAACCCCCUCGUCUUCAAUCCGUAUUCCGACCAAGCGAUCAGUGAAUGGGCUGCCGAAGCACAAGGUUUUCUCGGCCGAGAAAGAAAAGAGGAUCCGAGAGCUUAUGGAAGAGUUGGACACCGAGGAGACCAGUGAGACGGAUUUUGAGGACGAGUUACAAUCCUGGAAGGAGCGUUCCCUGCGCCGACGCCAGGAGAUGAACCGCCGAGAUGAUACCCACCGACAGAACAGGCGCGGCGACUACGCCCAUGUCGAGGCACACAAGCUGCAGGAGCACGCAGAAUUAGGCAAGAAGCGUUACUUUGAUAUCAAUUACGAAGAAGCGCUCCAGGAGGUCCGAGAACAAGAGCUCUUCGCUGAGAAGGAACGCAAGAAGGAUAUGCAGCGUAAAAGACGCCGCGAAAAAUCGAUGGCCACGACCAUGGAUCAAAGAGCCGCCGCGCUUGCCAGGGCUUCCGCCGCGCAGGACGAGGCGGAGCGCCAAAAGUACAUGCGCGAAGCGGAACGUGCGAAUAAGAAAGUGCAACAGACCAAGUACAUCCUUCAAAAAGGUCUCAAGGGUCCUGCCCGCAACGUGGGCCCGAUUGAACCCAACCUGGAGGGUGGUACCAUGGCGACCUUCUCUGCCGAAAACAUGGAGCCUGGCAAGGCGAAGGGCAAGGGUCGCACUGGUGGCAGGCUCAAGAAGUCGAAGGAGCAAAAGCAGGCGGAGAAGGAUUCGGCCGAAGCCGCCCAGGCCGCCCUCGACGCUGGCGAGGAGCUUCCCAGUCGAGAAGAGACCGCCAAGAUCCGGAUCAAGUUCAGCAAGUCCAAGGGUAAUAAAGACGACACCGACAAGGAAAACAAGGAGCCUCGGGAUUCGAAGGAUAAGGAGAAGGCGCUCGAAGAGCCGAAGGAUCCGCUUGAAAUGAAGUUCCAAUCCAAGGGCUUCAACCAGAUCUACGACCAGAUUUGGCGUGACUUGGCUAGAAAAGACGUCAACAAGGUCUUCAGACUGGCAACCGACUCCUACUCGACGAAGUCUUCCAACCUCAAAAAGACCGCUAUCCUGGCGUCCAAGGAAGCUAAGCGUUGGCAACUCAAGACCAACAAGGGCACUAAAGAUCUCCAGGCACGUGCGAAGCGUGUCAUGCGCGACAUGAUGGGUUUCUGGAAGCGGAACGAGCGUGAAGAGCGCGACCUCCGCAAGGCCGCCGAGAAACAAGAGCUUGAAAAUGCCCGCAAGGAAGAAGCCGACCGCGAGGCUGCCCGCCAGAAACGGAAGUUGAACUUCCUUAUCUCCCAGACGGAGUUGUACUCCCACUUCAUCGGCAAGAAGAUCAAGACAAACGAGGUGGAACGCAGUACCGACCAUCCCGACGAGGCUCCGGAAGAAAAGGACCAUGGUGCCGACAACGCACUCGACAUCGAUGAGCCAACAGGCCCAGUCGGCACCAAGGUCACGAAUUUCGAAAAUCUCGAUUUCGACGAAGAGGAUGAGUCGAAUCUGCGCGCCGCAGCCAUGGCAAAUGCCCAAAACGCCAUUGCCGAAGCCCAGAAGAAGGCGCGCGAGUUCAACAAGGACGAUACCAAUCUCGACGAAGAUGGAGAGAUGAACUUCCAGAACCCAACUGGUAUGGGCGAUGUUGAGAUUGAGCAGCCAAAACUUCUCAAUUGCCAACUCAAGGAGUACCAGCUCAAGGGUCUCAACUGGCUGGUCAACUUGUACGAACAGGGCAUCAACGGCAUCCUUGCCGACGAAAUGGGUCUCGGCAAAACGGUGCAGUCCAUCUCCGUCAUGGCAUACUUGGCCGAAAAGUACGACAUCUGGGGCCCAUUUCUCGUUGUCGCGCCUGCGUCGACCUUGCACAAUUGGCAGCAGGAGAUCACCAAGUUUGUCCCGGAGUUCAAGGUUCUGCCGUACUGGGGUACUGCUGCGGACCGUAAGGUCCUCCGCAAGUUCUGGGACCGGAAGCACACAACCUACAAGAAGGACGCGCCCUUCCAUGUCAUGAUCACCUCGUAUCAACUUGUUGUCUCUGAUGUCGCCUACUUCCAGAAGAUGAAGUGGCAGUACAUGAUUUUGGAUGAAGCGCAGGCCAUCAAAAGCUCCCAAAGUUCGCGUUGGAAGUGCCUGCUCGGCUUCCACUGCCGCAACAGGCUGCUGCUCACCGGUACCCCCAUUCAGAACAACAUGCAGGAACUAUGGGCGCUUCUGCAUUUCAUUAUGCCGUCCUUGUUCGACUCCCACGACGAAUUCAGCGAGUGGUUUUCCAAGGAUAUCGAGUCUCACGCUCAGAGCAACACGAAGCUGAACGAAGACCAACUCAAACGUCUGCACAUGAUCUUGAAGCCGUUCAUGCUUCGUCGUGUGAAGAAACAUGUCCAGAAAGAGCUGGGAGACAAGAUCGAGCUGGACGUCUUCUGCGACCUGACCUACCGCCAGCGAGCCCUGUACGCGAGUUUGCGCAACCAAAUCAGCAUCAUGGAUCUCAUUGAGAAGGCGACUUUGGGUGACGAUGACUCUGCUAGUCUCAUGAAUCUCGUCAUGCAGUUCCGCAAGGUUUGCAACCACCCCGACUUAUUUGAGCGCGCGGAUACCUCCUCGCCCUACUCCUUUGGCUACUUUGCGGAGACGGCUUCGUUUGUGAGAGAAGGGACGAACGUCACUGUGGGGUAUUCCACCCGUAGUCUGAUCGACUACGAGUUGCCGCGCUUGGUGUGGCGUGAUGGUGGGCGCCUCUACAAGGCUGGGCCCGACAACGCCACGGCCGGCUUCCGUAACAGGUAUCUGGAUCACAUGAUGAACAUUUGGGCGCCUGAGAACGUUCGCGAAAGCCUUACUGGCACCGACAAUUUUUCAUGGCUUCGUUUUGCGGACACCAGCCCCGAAGAAGUUUACCGAGCCGGCCAUCAAGACGUCUUCACCCGUGCGACGGACCUAGCAUCCAGGGGGAACCGCCUCGGGGCCAUGAAGGUCCUUUACGACGAGCCCGAGGAGAGGGACUGGACACCGGCCCACGCUCUCUUCCAGAUCUGCAAACGCGAGGAUCGUACGCCGUUGGCCGAAAUCACGGACGAAGGGGUGCUCGGCAACCUUCUGAACGUGGCGCGCUCGAAUUACGACGAAACCGGAUUUGGCCGCCUCGAGCAGGCUGCACGCUCACGCGCGUCCGCCCCGCCAAUUGAUGUUUCGUGCAACAGUCGUGGAUCGGUCAUCGAGCAGGAGAAUGUUUUGUUCAACGCCCCGAUGCGCAAGGCUCUCUACGGCCCGACACCGCCGGAAGCGAAGGCCUUCGUCACGCAGAAGGUCCCCGUUGAGUUCUAUCCCGCCCCCGCUCUACUCCCGGCCCCGGACAACGAGAAGCAGAAGUUCACCGACAUCACUGUGCCGUCCAUGGGCCGCUUCGUCACCGAUUCCGGCAAGCUUGCGAAGCUCGAUGAGCUUCUCCGCCAACUCAAGGAGGGUGGCCACCGUGUCCUGCUGUAUUUCCAGAUGACUCGCAUGAUCGAUUUGAUGGAGGAAUACCUUACCUACCGCAAUUACAAGUACUGCCGCCUAGAUGGUUCCACCAAGCUCGAGGACAGACGCGACACCGUUGCCGAUUUCCAAACCCGGCCCGAGAUCUUCAUUUUCUUGUUGUCCACACGCGCAGGUGGUCUAGGUAUCAACCUCACAACGGCCGACACGGUCAUCUUCUACGACUCGGAUUGGAACCCCACGAUCGACUCCCAAGCCAUGGACCGCGCCCAUCGUCUUGGUCAAACCAAGCAAGUCACGGUUUACCGCCUUAUCACGCGUGGCACCAUCGAAGAGCGCAUUCGCAAGCGCGCGAUGCAAAAGGAGGAAGUCCAGCGUGUUGUCAUCACGGGCGGGUCCUCGGCUGCGGGCGGCGGCGUCGACUUCUCAGGCCGUCGGGCGCCAGAGAACCGCAACCGCGACAUUGCCAUGUGGCUUGCCGACGAUGAGCAAGCGGAGUUGAUUGAGCGGCGGGAGAAGGAGCUACUUGAGAGCGGAGAGUAUGACAAGAUCCAAAAGAAGAAGGGUGGCAAGCGCAAGAGGGCAGGCGCCGGCGCUGCUGAGGUCAUGGCAGCCUCGGCUAAUGUUAGUUUGGACGACAUGUAUCAUGAAGGCGAAGGCCAUUUUGACGAUAACAAGGGCUCGGGCACGGCAACGCCCACAGUCGCCGACGACGGUCGCACCGGCAAGCGCAAGAAGAUGGUCGGCAAGAAGGCCAAGACCGCUAAGCAACGUUUGGCCAUUGCCGAUGGUGAGAUCGACAUGUAA